AUGCGUGGAUGUUUCCAAUCAAACCAACACAAAGAUCCUCCAUCAACUAUCACAAAAGGCGUCAACGUAACAAAGCCAGGUUGCGAAAGCAAGUGUGGGAAUUUAACGGUUCAUUAUCCAUUCGGCAUUGGAAUUGACUCAUGGUGUUCUAUUCACCCUUACUUUGAUAUCUACUGCAAUAAUUCUUUCAACCCUCCAAAGCCCUUUAGUGGAACAUUUGGUAUUGAAGUUACUGAUAUAAUAGAUUCACAACUAAGGUUCAAGAACCGGAUAGGUGCCACCUGUUACAACAAAAUAGGCAAAGUGACCAGGAAAAAAAUAGUCAGCGACGCUCAGUUAGAUCCACAUUAUAGUAUAUCUGAUGCAAAUAAGUUAACAGUUGUCGGAUUUGAUGAAUAUGCCCUACAAUUCGGAGUAGAGGGUGCUAAUUCGACCGAUGCGUGCGUUUCCACUUGUUCCUCAAGAGAGCAGGUUCUUGAUGAGCAAGGUAGAUACACAUUUCAUUCCUCUGACCUCGAUAAUGCCACUUUUAAAGAACAAAUCAUUGAAAAUGUCCCUGUAGUCCUCGAUUGGGUGAUUCAGAAUGAAACUUGUGUUGAAGCUCGGAAAUUCAAUGAUUUGGCAUGUCACAAGAACAGUAAUUGCAUUGACUCCACCACCAGUGUUAAUGGUUAUAACUGCAUAUGCUUCCAGGAAUAUGAGGGCAAUCCGUAUUGGUUUAGGUUUCGUGACUGUGAUAAUCGACAUCACAUGGAUACACUUAACAUCAAGAAGAGGAGACUCAUGAAACUAAGAGAGAAAUUUUUCCAACAAAGUGGUGGUUUGUUACUCAAGCAGCAACUUUUUGCUGAAAAGGGUGGUAUGCAAUCAGUCAAAAUAUUUGCAGGUGAAGUGCUUGAGAAGGCCACCGAUAAUUAUUCAGAAGACCGCAUCCUCGGUCGAGGAGGUUACGGAACAGUAUACAAAGGGUAUUUGAGCGAUGAACACGUUGCUGCAAUAAAGAAAUCCAUAAAAUUGGAUGAGAGCCAAGUAGAGAUAUUCAUAAAUGAGGUGGUUAUUUUAACUCACGUUAACCAUAGGAAUAUGUCGGGAAUGCCCUUGUUUUCUUGGCAUAAUCUGCUAAGGAUUGUCACAGAGACUGCAGGUGCACUUGCUUAUCUUCAUUCUUCAGCAGGAAUGCCGAUUAUCCAUAGAGAUGUUAAAUCUCCCACUAUAUUAUUGGAUGAACUUUACACAACAAAAAUAGCAGAUUUUGGAGCUUCGAGACUGAUUCCUAUUGAUCGAACACGAGUGACCACUCAUGUACCAGGAACCUUUGGUUAUCUCGAUCAUGAGUAUUUCCGUACAAGCCAACUGACAGAGAAAAGUGAUGUAUAUAGCUUCGGGGUGGUGUUGACUAAGCUCCUGAUAGGUAGAAAACUUGUGUCUACUGAACUGAGAAGAGUGAGGUUUGUUAAAAGAUGUCUCGAGGUGAAAGGCGUAUAUAGGCCAACUAUUAAAGAACAGACAAUGGAAUUGGAGAGCUUGAAAAAAUACAAUAUGCAUUUCCUCAAACAAGAAGACACUGAUAGAAACAUGGGAUUAAAAGGUGAGCAGCAACAGCAACUUGAUCUAUACCCAAUUCCACCAAAUCCCGAUCUCAGCUCUAGAUAA